AUGUGUCUCUGGGAUCUGGCCAUCUACGACUGCGGCCACAACGGCAGCUUCACCAGGAGAGACGGCGGCUGUGCGCUGCCCACCGCAAAGUGCAACAAAGCGCGAAAGAACGCCGUCAAACAUUACAUGCCGUGGAACUGUCCCGAUUGCGCGGAGCGCCUCAGUCGAGGCAUCCCUCCCCAUCCCGAGGACAACAUCCACCCUGCAGAGCGCAGCGUCCAGCAGCCCAUGUUCUCUGUGGCCCUGCCCUCGCACUCCGGAGUCUCACGUCGCAGCGCAAGGAUUCGAAAGACCCCGUCGCCGCCCAACAGUGGCCGACGGGACCCGACCGUCAACGAGGACGGCUAUGACUUCUCUGAGUUCGCCGAGUACGCAAACUACGCGACCCUGCCGCAGAAGCGUCUGUCCGCCUCCAGCCCGACCAAGAUCGCCAAGCGCCAGAGGGUUUCGCGAACCCAGUACUCCAGCGACACGCCCGCCAUGGUCGGCCGGUUGAAUAACAUCGCGGAAGACCUGUCGAACAUCGCCAUGCCUUCGGCCCGAGAGCGCAGGAGUGGCAUCGCUCUCUCCCCGACCAACGUGCAUGAUGCCCCUCUCCCCGCCCCGACGCCGUCACCAGCGAUCUCCGAUUCUGCUGCAGGAUGCCGGCGUCGCGAAACGCCGCAAGCCCAGCUCCCCCCGGGGCGUCGCAUCUCGCCCACGCAACCCAAUGCUCAAUACAGCGCCAACACGUACUCCGGGUACGCGGUGGCCUCCCAGGUGGCGAACCGGCAAAAGCAAGGCGUCACCCGUGCCUACCAGGAGACCCUCGACGACGUCAAGCACAUGAUCCAGACCGGCUACCCGCGCGAAGAGAUCAUAGCGUCCGCCAAGUUCGCCAUGCUGAGCCAGAAAGAUCAGGAGGAGGUUUUCUGGCCGUAUCACAGAGAGCGACAAGCGCGGAGAGACGAGGUGCAGGCCGCAUUGGAGGGCAGGAAUUUGCAUCAUAUGAAGACUUGGGAGGAGGAUAAGAGGGAUGCACGCAGAAGGAAGGGCGGCUGUGUGGUGAUGUGA